AUGCAAAUUGGUCAGCUAUGCUGCUUAGAUAACUCACACUACUCUACCAUAUACGGCUCUGGGGGCAACUCUCUGUCCAAGGCUAUUGGAUUCAUUAUUGCACAGCGGCCCCAUCUAGAUAACCUGUCGCGUAUAUUAUAUUACUUCCGAACGACACACCUCGAACUCUCAGAUGCCACACACGGUGCUGUGAAGAAAAAAAGUCGGUUGGGGAACCCAACAAACUCAUAUAAUGCAAGGGACGACAGACAUUUUAGCCGCCUUCACGUUAGCUCACAGGCCAUUGUCUCCUCAGAGGGUUACUUUUACCGCUUUGAUGGUUGGUACGAUGAUGUAUUUCUUCACCCUAUUGAAGAUGAGAAGAUACUGGAGAACAUUCCGAAUGAAUGGUUAUCUUUGGUUGAGCAAAACACAGCUCCUUGUGAGGCGAUGUACCUAUGCUACACGUUUUCACCAUGGUUUUCAAGCCCUUUCCAUUCUCUCCUAUACUUGGCGCUUCCUGAAAACGGGCUCUGCUACUCCGUCAACAUCUGUCAUCGGUGUUUGAGCCCUUUCUUCUCCCAGAAGCACUUGGCAAUACAUCUAGAGGGCUACUGUGAAUUCUAUGAUCCACCAGGAACGCUAAUCUAUCACGAUUCAACUAGUGGAAGGCGAGUGUGGUAUGUUGACGGUGCACAGCAUAUACAGUACGCACGGUGCAUCUCCUUGCUAGGGAACUGCUUUAUUGAGAGUAAAUUACUCCGCAAUGAUGUUGAUAUCUAUGAAUUCUUCAUCAUCACGCUCCCACGCACAGCUCUGCCUUAUGUAUCAGGUGGCUAUUUCGAGAAUGAAGCGCACUUUAAACGAAGUGCCGCAAGCUAUGAUAAGGCGAAGUGGUCGGGGCAUGUCUUAGUUGGCUAUUUUAGCCGUCUAAAGCACAAACCUCACCACACGCUCUCCUGUAUUGUUACCUUGCCGAUGUUUCAACGAAUGCGACUUGGUAGUUUUAUGCUGGACAUUGCCUUUAGUUUAAUGAAGGAACGAGGGCAGCAGUGCGGCUGCGAGAAGUGGUGUGGGGGGUUGAAAGACGAUGGAGGAUGCAUCAGCAGACCCUUUUCCCCUCAUGGGGAAUCCCUGUUGUUGUCGUACUGGAGACGCUCCCUGCAACGUCUUUUGUGGAAUCACAAGCACGAGGCUAAACCGAACGUAUUCACUACGCUGGCAGAACUACGGAACGCGAUGGAUAUCCCUAUCGCGGAAAAGGAUCUUCUCUUUUUGUUAACUCACGACAACAUCGCUUUCUACUCCACGAGUGAGAAGCACAAGGAUGCGCCAAAUUCUAAGGUGACCAACAAAUCGGUGAAGAAGACAUACAACGUAUCUCUUAUAUUUGAUAAGCAGAAUAUGGAUAAGCUUUUUGGAAAGCCUGACCAAGGCUACGAAUUGGGUGAUUUUCAAGGAAAAUGGUUCAAACGGAAGGCCAACGGGUCUCUAGUGUAUAAUAAAAAAUUAUUUCAUUACUAA